AUGGCUUCAAAGAUUAAAAGUAUUUGUGUAUUUUGUGGUUCUUCUAGUGGAGCAGAUCCAAUUUUUGAGCAAGAAGCUAGAGAACUAGGAAAAGUGUUGGCUGAGAAUAAUAUUACACUAGUUUAUGGUGGAGGUUCUAUUGGUCUAAUGGGCGCAAUUGCUAAAGAGGUACUAAAUAAUGGAGGAAAAGGAAUUGCCAUUGUCCCUGAACCACUUUAUAAAUAUAGCAGUAAACAGAUUUGUGAAACUAUCAUUGUACCCGAUAUGCAUGCUCGCAAAAAGCGUAUGGAAGAAGAAUGUGAUGCGUUCAUUGUUUUGCCUGGUGGUUAUGGCACGAUGGAAGAAAUGUUAGAAAUGAUUACUUGGUCACAAUUAAAUAUUCAUUCAAAACCUAUCAUUUUAUUAAAUACUAAAAAUUAUUUCAAGUUAUUUGUUGAUUGGAUUCAACUCUCUGUCCAAGAAAACUUUAUCCAUCCAGAAAAUAGAAAUAUUUUUGUAUUAUGUGAUUCAACAAAGGACAUUAUAACCAAGCUUGAAGAAUAUAAAGCGCCUGAUUCUCGUUACGGCAUUGAUUGGUCAAGCAACGAUAAGAAAGCCUUAGUUUAA